GGACUUGAAGUACAACCAGCUGCCUGCAUCAGUCAGCUGCGACAUGGGCUGCUCUCAGGAUGUGAGCUGCGCGCCGCCCGCUGUGUGCGUGGUGAGGGGCGGGCGCUCGCAGUGCGUGUGCCCCGACAACCAGCUGUACGACGCUGCCACCCAGCAGUGCACGCUACCCCAAUCCUGUGCGACCCUGGUGUGUCCGCCCAAGCACUCCUGCAAUGAUGCCGUCCGUCCUCCCACAUGCGUUGCGCCCGCACCGUGUUCGAUCUUCGACUGCCCCACCAGCUCCACCUGCAAUGAUACUGCCCUCCCUCCCACAUGCGUCUGUAAUAAGGGGCUUGUAAUGAAAGACAAACAGUGCGUUGCGCUCCGACCGUGUGACACCUACCAGUGUCAGGCCAACUUCACCUGCGAUGAUAGUAGCGGCGCUCCCACAUGCGUCUGUAACAAGGGGCUUAUACUCAACGGGACACAGUGCGUUGCUGCGCCAACGUGUGCGUCUUUCAACUGCCCGCCCAGCUUUGUCUGCGACGAUUCUACCCUCCCUGCCAAAUGCGUCUGUGCUCAGGGGCUUGUACUCAACGGGACACAGUGCAUUGGUCAGUCUCUUGCAUCUUUACCUUUGCUCUCCCUCUUGCAUCUCUCCCUCUUGCACCUCUCCCUCUUGCACCUCUCCCUCUUGCAUCUCUCCCUCUUGCAUCUCUCCCUCUUGCAUCUCUCCCUCUUGCAUCUCUCCCUCUUGCAUCUCUCCCUCUUGCACCUCUCCCUCUUGCAUCUCUCCCUCUUGCAUCUCUCCCUCUUGCAUCUCUCCCUCUUGCAUCUCUCUCUCUUGCUUACCACCCACGUGCUUCGCGCUCUCUUGCUUCGCACCCCCUUGUUUGACUCCCGCUUGCGUCUCUCCCUUUUGCUUCUCUCCUUGUUGCUCCGUUCCCCCUUGCUUCACGCCAACUUUUCAUAA